AUGAAUAUGAAUAGCGUGGAUAUAGGACGGUGUGGGAAACGCAUUGUCCAGUACCUAUGGGACCCCGAACCCAGAAACGACGAGCCAGAUGCCGCACUAUGGUGCCUGGGGAUAAGAUACCCAUCUCAUCAGCAGGGUGUUGCAUCACAAGAGAUAUACAAUAAUGAUAGCUUCGUCAAGGCCAAGUCUCCACCGCAAGAAACAACUGUCCACGGCUGGCCAGAAGAAUUUCUGAUAGACUUUGAGUCGAAGAUUUGGAUGACCUAUAGAUCGAAUCUUACUCCAAUACCAAAACUCACCAGCAGUGAUGCAGAUCUCUCAAUGUCCCUAAGUGUACGCCUGAGAAGCCAACUCAUGGAUUCACAGGGUUUCACCUCUGAUACGGGAUGGGGCUGUAUGAUCAGAUCCGGCCAGAGCCUCUUGGCUAAUGCUCUGUCAAUCUUGAUAUUGGGCCGUGAUUGGCGUCGUGGUCGCAAUGCUAACGAAGAGGCCCAACUCUUAUAUCUAUUUGCUGACCAUCCAGAUGCCCCAUUAUCAAUACACCGUUUUGUCAAAUAUGGGUCAGAGUCAUGUGGCAAAUACCCCGGCGAAUGGUUUGGGCCUUCCGCGACCGCGAGAUGUAUAGAGGCAUUGCUACCUCAGUGCGAGGGUCCAAUAACGAAGGUCUAUGUCACAAACGAAAACCCAGACAUUCAUGAAGAAAGUUUUUUAAAAGUGGCCCGUGAUGAUUCUGGAGUCCUUCGGCCCACAUUGAUUCUCAUAGGAACCAGACUGGGAAUCGACCACAUUACUCCGGUGUACUGGGGUGCCCUUAAAGCUGCAUUACACUUUCCCCAGUCAGUAGGAAUCGCAGGCGGACGCCCGGCCGCCUCGCAUUACUUCAUCGGGACCCAGGGUUCGUAUUUCUUCUACCUUGAUCCUCACAAUACGCGCCCUGCAAUACCGUUCCGAGAACCUGGUGUGCCCUAUUCCGAGGAGGAAAUCGAUACAUAUCACACCCGCCGACUGCGGCGAAUCCAUAUCAAAGAUAUGGACCCAAGCAUGCUCAUAGGCUUCCUUAUUAAGGAUGAAAAUGAUUGGUUGGAUUGGAAGGCUCGAGUAGCGGCUGUUCAUGGCACACCUAUUAUCCAUGUUCUUACCGAAGGGGGAACUGGCUAUUGCCAAGGAAGGGUGGAAGCCCUCGACGAAGUCGAGUCGCUAGAUGAUGGCGAAUAG